GGAAGUUAAUUGGUUGACAUUUUGAGACCAAAUAGGUCUCACCUGAAUGUAUUUUGAGAAAUCAUUUGCAAGUGAUGUAGGGUUUUAACCCUAUUCAGAGGAAGGCAGUAGAAAUUGUAGAGGAAGGCUUAGGGUUUUUGUAGUACCAAAGUAAAGGACAUGCUGAAGGAGUAAAAGGACAUAAAAGUAGUCAUUGAUGUGAAGUUGUGUAAUGCUGAGCUCAUGACUUCUCCAAGAACAAGAGGCCCGAAGUUGAUUGAAACCGUCACUCCUCGCACCAAUGUGGGAAUCUUCUCAUCCCAUGCUCUGGGUGUGGUGGAUUCUGAGGAGGUUUCCUCUGACAAGUCUGAGGAUUCCGUGUAUGAAUGUACUGACUCUGGUGAAGAAGAGCAGAACAAAGUUAAACUUGAUGAUUUCCAGAAGCAGAUGAUAAGGGAACAUCAAGAAGCAGUGGCAAAAGCAGAAGCACAGGCUGGCAAAAUAAAUGUGAUCAAAGAGCGAGGCAGAAGGAAACGGAUUAAAAUUAGCUGUGAUCAGCUUCGUGAUUUGCUGCCUAAAUUUGAAGGUCGAAGAAAUGAUAUGGCAUCAGUGUUGGAGAUGACUGUGAAAUACCUGGAGCUAGUCCAAGCACUUGUCCCACCGCAGGAACAAUCUAGAACCUUGUCUGUACCUGAGAGUCUCUACGAAAAAUGGCAGAAACCCACGAAGACUGAACCAACAAUGUCAUAUUCUGCACAAGAGGGAGAGAAGACAAGGGGAAGAAAAAUGUUCCCAAAAGGGAAGAAGGCCCCAAUGAAAACUCAUUGUUCACCACAAGUUGCAGUGGCCAAAAAGACAGCCUUACCUGGAAAUAUCGGCGUCCCCCAGGACUUGCUGCAAUUGAGUGUCCCUGUCAUCCCAGAAAAGCAAACAAUGAUGCCAUUCACUGGCUCUUCUGAGCAGAAUGUGACAUCUCCAACCAGCUAUCUCUCUGACAAGUGGCUUCCGGUGCUCCCCAGUUUGUUUGAAGACCAGUCUGGACAAAAUCUUACAAGUUGUAAAGCUACUGCAGUUCAACAAAAAGGUUUUCCAGGGGCAAUAGCAACUCAAUCAGCCAAUCCGUCUUUCACCAAUCCAGACCCACAGGACAUCACUGAAGGGGGAAGUACCACUCUCCACACCUCUGAACCAUUUACCACUAAAUACUGCUCUGACACAAGUUUGGUGACUUCUGCAUUGACCAUGGAUCCAAAUGGUUCCAAUAAAAGUUGGAUUUCGGAAGCAAAACCAAUGGAAAAAUCAUCAUUUCACAUACCAGAUUUGGAUACCCUGACAGCUGAGAAUUUGUUGGGAAACUGGCCAGAGGUGGAGGAACCCGUGACAACUGAUCACCAGUGUGCUGAAGAAACUGUUACAAUAGACAUGAACUUUUUGCAACAAUUUUAAUGUUGAUUAGUUAUUGAAUAACUGAGGCUCUUGGGCACUGACUUCUACAAGUAGUCUAACCAAUGUUUAACUAAUUGUUUUUUGGGUCACUAUGUAAUUUGGUGGUUUACACUUGCUUGAUGCAGUGACUACAUGAACUAAUCCAGCCUUGUCUAGAUGAUCUGAAUUCUAAUUUACUUUAAAGAAAAUUUAAGUUAAUAGUGAAGGGAUAUUCUACUGGAUUACUUGAAUUGUAGUUUGAGUUUUAAGGGGAAACUUUUUGCUGCCCUUCUGGAAACUUUGCUGGAGCAAACCUGUAUUCUAAGGGGAAGAAAUGCUAUUGCCUGUCCUACCUAUUUUCAAUGAUCAAUGCUGAAACUCAAACUUCCAGUAUUGUAAAACUGGUUUGCUGAAAUAAAAUUGUGAAUCAAUUUAAUAACAUGCUUCAGAGGCACAAGUUCUUGUCAAAUAAGGGUUUAAUUAUUCCAAAGCUAGUUUUCUGCAUGUUUGCACAAUUUUAUUUAAAUACUGUACAAGUCAAAUAUACAAAUGCAACAUUGCAACAGCAAUAAUGUUUUCAAUUAAGCAACUGAAUCCAUUAACCCAUUCACUACAGUGGUAG